ACCUUUUUUUUCAAGACAAGGCUGAACAGAAAGACCAAGCUGAGCUGGUUGCUGGAUGUCAUGGAUAGAUUAUAUGGUAAUGUAAAGGAAGGUCAUCACAGCAAGUGGAUAGAUGAAGCUAUCUAUGCAAAUGAUAUCGGACAUGAUGUGGAGUCAGACAAUACUGUAUAUGCACUCGCAGGUCAUGCAGGACUUAAAGUGAAUACGAAGCGUUCCUGCAGAGCUGCUGCACUGUUUCUGGGUCUGCUUUGUCUUCUCCUCCUCGCUGGACUCGUAGCUCUGGUUUUCCUGUACACCCGAGACAAUUCUAACUGGAAAACGGAGAGGGUCCAUCUACAGACCAGUCUGGCUGAGGAAAAAGACCAAUUAAAUAAAACACUCGCUCUGCAGUCCCAGGAAAAAUGGAUAUAUUUCAGAAGAAGUUUUUACUACGUUUCUUCAACAAGGAAACCCUGGAAUGAAAGUAGAUGGGACUGCAGACAGAAAGACGCCGACCUGGUGAUUAUCAACAACGACGAAGAGCAGGUCUGUGACUCACUGAUGCCACAAACUGUAAAGAACAGCAUAUUGAUAAACCUUUUUCCUCUGAUGAUUAGGAAUUUGUCAGAAGAUGGAAAACCCGCAUGUGGAUUGGACUCUCAGACACUGAGAAGGAAGGGACAUGGACAUGGGUGGAUGGGAGUCCGCUGGGCAGCCAAAGCUACUGGGCAAAAUCCGAGCCAAACGAUGCCAAAGGAGUUGAAGACUGUGCAGAAAUACAUAGUUACGAUGAACAGCAAAGCUGGAAUGAUGCACCAUGUCAAAAUGAAAAAGACUGGAUCUGUGAAAGACGUGUCAAAUAGGGAUGAACGAUUGUUCAAUAUUAUCACAUUAAACUGUAGCUUUGAUACAGUUAUGGCCAUACACAAUACUAAAUGUUCAAUUGCAAGCUACAAUCAUUUCUUAUUUGAUGCUGUAAUACUUAAAAUGCUAUAAGUAUUAAGCUAAGCAGAUGCAAUAAAUUCUUGAAUGCAAACAACA